CUGCCUGCAUUCAAUUAUAUUAGUAAUAGUGAAUACAGAAUGGUUAAUCCCAAAAGCAUCUCAGUUUUGCUCCUUCAUUCUGCGCUUGCCUUUCUCUCAGUUGAAAUUGCUAAUGCCCAAGGCCUGAAUCCACACUUCUACAAAUCGACAUGCCCGAAUGUAACACACAUUGUGAGGAAAAAGAUGAAUGACACCAUAACUCGUGAUAGAACCCUAGCAGCUCCCUUGUUGAGAAUGCAUUUUCAUGAUUGCUUUGUUAUGGGAUGUGAUGCUUCUGUGCUGCUAGACUCCACAAAUGGCAAUAAAGCUGAGAAAGAGGCCAUCCCUAACCAAAGCCUGAGGGGCUUCGAGGUUAUUGAUGAGGUGAAAGCAGUGUUAGAGAACCAUUGCCCCGGCAUUGUUUCUUGUGCUGACAUUCUAGCCCUCGUUGCCGAACGAGCGGUUCGCCUGACAGGGGGGCCAUCAUGGCAAGUUUUCUUGGGGCGUAGAGAUGGAAAAGUAUCACGCGUCACUGAAGCUGUGAAAAACAUUCCAUCGCCUCUUUCCAAUAUCACAGUUCUGAAACAAAAUUUUGCUGACGUGAAGUUGAAUGAAACCGACCUUGCAGCUCUGUCAGGGGCACACACCAUUGGGAGGGCUCAUUGCUUUACUUUUGCAACACGUUUGUACAAUUUCACGGGAGAGAACGACAAAGACCCAAGCUUGGAUCGAGAGUACGCGCGUAAGCUGCAGAGCGCAUGCCCGCCGCAGGCGAGCAGCGCGGCCAAAGUAGAGAUGGAUCCCGGGAGUUUCACAAGGUUCGACACCGCAUACUACAGCGGUGUCGCGAAAGACAGAGGGGUGCUGGGGUCGGAUGCCGCUCUCCUCAAAAGUGAAAUCACAAGGAAGUAUGUGCGAGGUCACGCCUCCUACUCCUCCAGUUCCACCACAGCCUUCUUCCGAGAUUUCGCAAAGUCAAUGGUGAAGAUGGGCAACAUUGGCGUCCUCACUGGCACUCAGGGCGAAAUCAGGAAGAUAUGUUCCCGCAUUAAUAAUUAAUAAUUAAUCAAUUCUACUUCAUGCACAGAAUGCAUGAAAUAGAACUAUAUAUACACGCGGUAUAAUACGUACUCCCUCCGUCCCUUUUUAUUUAGCAAAACUUUACUUUUCAAAUCAAUGGAUGUUAAACUUUGAACGAUUAUAUAUUUAUACGUGGUUGUAUUGAUAAUGAAAAUCAUAUGGAAAUAUUUUUCCUUAAAAAUUCAAUAUAAUUGGGUGAGAGUAUAGUACAAUAUAUAGGACGUACAUGGCAAUCGGGACCGAGAAAAUGCAUAGAUAGGACCUGGAAAGCACCCAUGCAUAUCGAAAAUUGGGUUAUAUUCCAAUCUUCGAUCUCCUUUAUCUUCUUUAAGUUUUGACUUCUUUCCCGUGGCCUUUCUUUUUCUCUGCAAUAUAAUCAUCUCUUUCUUUCCAUGUACGGAAUAUCCUCCUUUCUUUUAAUUUGUACGUGUGUUACACUGGUUUUGUUUGAAUUCGAUCAGUAUGUGUAAUACUAUGAAUUAGGUUUUCGAUAUGUGUAAUAUUAUGUGCAAUUAGAAUGUAACGAUUUUUUCCCCUGUUUAACAAAUCU